AAGCGCCUUUCACCCACUGAGGGCAAGGCUACCGCAAGCGGCGCGGCUUCAGUGGUUUCCUCUGGGCAUGCGCAGAUCUUGUGCGAGUCCCUUCGUUCCCCUCUAACCCGGAAGAGCACGGAGGGCAUCCCGGGCGAGUGACGGCGGAAUCCCGGGCGUCCUAAACAGGGCGGGCGAGAGGGAAGGAAGGAAGGAGGGGGCGAUGGCCACCGCCUUUGGAGAGGUGGUGGUUGCCCCGUCCAGGGCCGGGGUGGACGAGGACGAGGAGGCGGCGGCGGAACGCGAGGAGACGCCGGAAGACCGGGAAAUUCGCCUGGCCCUGGAAAAGAAGAGGGAAGUUCGUGUCAGCUGGAAUACAUCUGCAAAUGAUCAGUUUCCUUGCUCAAAAUUCAUCUUGGGUGUAGGACAUAACGCAGUAGUCUUCUUAUCUGCCUUUGUGUUGAAUUCCGGAAGCUGGGAAGAAGUUGGUUCUGUCCAACUAUGGAAUGAGUGGUGCAGAACAUCAAACACGACCAGAGUUCUUCCAACAGACUCAUUCUGUUCGUUUUAUCGGUUCAUUUCAGAUCCCACGGUUUUACUGUGCCAGUGCAAUUGUUACGUGGCUGAAGACCAACAGUUUCAGUGGGUUGAAAAGGUUUUUGGAUGCCUACAGAAGACUGACUUGCAAGUAUUGGUUCUCUCAUCAUGUUCCAUUACCGAUUACAAAACAAGAGAAUCAACACUAAUGCUUCCCUCUCCUUUUCUGAGAGCAUUAAAGACAAAAGAGUUUAAAGACCAAGUCUUCUGCCCACUUCUAGAACAGCCAAAUAUUGUACAGGAUCUCCCUGCAGCAGUUCUCAGUUACUGUCAGGUGUGGCAAAUCCCCGCAGUGUUAUAUCAGUGUUAUGCUGAUACUUUCAACCUGGAUUUAGAAGCAGUUGAAGCUUUCAAGCCUCUCUUGUCUUCCACAACUCUGCAGAGUUUAGUAAAGGAAGUCUCAAAAAACACAGAACUACUGACAAAAUUGGCAACUACUAAUGACAUUCAUAACAUCUACACAUAAUGGAGAAUUUCUCUCUGAUGAGUACUUUCAAGUAUGGUGAUUCUUUAGUGUUUGUAAAUAUGAGUUGUUUGCUUAGCAGCAUUUGAAUAUACAGUUUUGAAAAAUUAUCUUUUGUAUCAUAUCCAGAGUAUUUCGGAGGAGGGGGCGGUCUGCUCAGUAACAUUAAUUAAAAGGUGAUUUUUUAAUAA